GCCGGACUAAGCCUAAAGCCCUUCGCCUCCAAUUUAGAACCGCCUCGACCCACCUUUUCUCUUCUCUUCACCACUGCUUUCGGUUUAUUCACAAUGGCCGGUGCUAUCGAUAACGCUAAGAAGCUCAUUAAGAACCUCGACGACGAUGGACAGUAUGGCUCUGUCUACUCGGUCUCUGGACCCGUCGUCGUCGCCGAGAACAUGAUUGGCUGCGCCAUGUACGAAUUGGUCCGCGUCGGUCACGAAAACCUGGUCGGUGAGGUCAUCAGAAUCGAGGCCGACAAGGCUACCAUCCAGGUCUACGAGGAGACUGCCGGCGUCACCGUCGGCGACCCCGUCCUCCGCACCGGUAAGCCCCUCUCCGUCGAGCUCGGCCCCGGUCUCAUGGAAACCAUCUACGAUGGUAUCCAGCGACCCCUCAAGGCCAUUCAGGAGCUCUCCGGCUCUAUCUAUAUCCCCCGUGGUAUCGAUACCCCUGCUCUCGACCGCUCAAUCGCCUACGCCUUCACCCCCGCCGCAAACCUCAAGGUCGGCGACCACAUCACCGGUGGCGACAUCUUCGGUUCCGUCUUUGAGAACUCGCUCCUCAGCGACCACAAAAUCAUCCUCCCCCCGCGCGCCCGCGGUACCAUCACCUCCAUCGCCGAGGCCGGCAACUACACCCUCAACGACACCAUCCUCGAGGUCGAGUUCGAGGGCAAGGUCUCCAAGUACUCCAUGUUCCACUCCUGGCCCGUCCGUGUCCCCAGACCCGUGUCCGAGAAGCUCACCGCUGACUACCCCCUUCUCACCGGCCAGCGUGUCCUCGACGCCCUCUUCCCCGUCGUCCAGGGCGGCACCACCUGCAUCCCCGGUGCCUUCGGCUGCGGCAAGACCGUCAUCUCCCAGUCCCUCUCCAAGUACUCCAACUCCGACGUCAUCAUCUACGUCGGCUGCGGUGAGCGCGGUAACGAGAUGGCUGAGGUACUCAUGGACUUCCCCGAGCUCUCCAUCGAGAUCAACGGCCGCAAGGAGCCCAUCAUGAAGCGCACCACCCUCGUCGCAAACACCUCCAACAUGCCCGUCGCCGCCCGCGAGGCCUCCAUCUACACCGGUAUCACUCUGUCCGAGUACUUCCGUGAUCAGGGCAAGAACGUCGCCAUGAUGGCCGACUCCUCCUCCCGAUGGGCCGAGGCUCUUCGUGAGAUCUCUGGUCGUCUCGGUGAGAUGCCUGCCGAUCAGGGUUUCCCUGCCUACCUCGGAGCUAAGCUCGCGUCUUUCUACGAGCGCGCCGGAAAGGUCGUCACCCUCGGCUCGCCCAAGCGCAUGGGUUCCGUCUCCGUCGUCGGCGCCGUCUCGCCUCCUGGCGGUGAUUUCUCUGACCCGGUCACUGCUGCCACCCUCGGUAUCACCCAGGUCUUUUGGGGUCUGGACAAGAAGCUCGCGCAGCGAAAGCACUUCCCGUCCGUCAACACCUCGCUCUCGUACUCCAAGUACAACAACAUCCUCGGCAAGUUCUACGAGUCCAACUACCCCGAGUUCCCCUCGCUCCGCGACAAGAUCAAGGAGAUCAUCUCCGACGCCGAGGAGCUCGAGCAGGUUGUCCAGCUCGUGGGUAAGUCCGCUCUGUCUGACUCCGACAAGAUUAUUCUCGAGGUCGCGACCUUGAUCAAGGAGGACUUCUUGCAGCAGAACGGUUACUCGACCUACGACGCCUACUGCCCGAUCUGGAAGACCGCCCAGAUGAUGAAGGCAUUCGUGCUCUACCACGACGAGGCCCAGAAGGCCGUCGCCUCCGGCUCGGUCUGGAACAAGCUCAGAGAGUCCACCAACGACGUCAAGUACGCCAUCUCCGCGACCAAGUUCUUCGAGCCCAGCAGAGGCGAGGCCGACGUCACUGCCGAGUUCGACAAGCUCUACAACAACAUCUCCGAGACCUUUGCCUCGGCUUCCGAGUAAGCUCAUGUCCUCUCUACAGUUGUUUUGGGUCUGCGCUCUUUAGUUUGAGCAUCGGUCGUCAGUUUCUUUUAGAUUGGAAUCGUCUUUCCUUAUUUCUAUAGUCGUUCGUUUGUGAGCCUGUGUUUUAUUUCUUUGUACUUUUUUCAAAAUAUUGUUUGUAGUUAAGCGAACUUGAUAGCAUUGUGGUAAUAAUAAUCGUUUUCAUAUCAU